AUGAAAUUAAAGGAAAUCCCUCGCACUGCAACAUUUGCAUGGAGUCCGGGACAGCAUUUGCCAAUAAUUGCCACGGGUACCGUAGCGGGGGCUCUUGAUGCUUCGUUCUCAAGUACAACAGAAUUGGAACUUUUUCACAUUGAUAUACAUAGUUCUGAUACUGCAGUGGAACUGCAGCCCUCUGCUGUAGUUACUAGUAAUGCAAGAUUUGAUCGCCUUGUAUGGGGAAAUGCAAACGAUAAAACAUAUGGUAUCAUUGCCGGCGGAUUGGAAAAUGGUGAAUUAGAUCUAUGGGAUCCAGAAAUAAUCUUGGAGAGUGGCAACGCAGAAAAAGCUUUAUUACUACGUAACACAGCACAUUCCGGAAACGUUCGUGGAUUGCAAUUUAACCCAAUUCAAAAUAAUUUAUUAGCCUCGGCUGCAACGAAUGGCGAAAUAUUUAUCUGGGAUCUGGCAAAACCUGAUAAACCCUAUACCCCUGGUACAAAAUCGCCAAAAAUGGAGGAGAUCACCCACCUGGCUUGGAAUAAUCAAGUGCAACAUAUUUUGGCAACAUCUUCGACUACGGGUUAUACCUUAAUAUGGGACUUAAAAAACAAGAGGGAGGUUAUGCAUUUAUCAUAUACGGGUGCUGCUUCCCAUUUAGCAGGCGGUUAUGGUAUGGGAUCUAUGAAUAUGGCUUCCGGAUUAGGUGUCGGGAGAAGGGGCAUCACUGCAGUGGCGUGGAAUCCUGAUAUGGCAACGCAAAUAAUAACUGCCUCUGAAGAUGAUAAUAACCCAGUUAUUGUAAUUUGGGAUGUUCGUAAUGCGCAUGCUCCAGAAAAGGUCUUGACGGGGCAUGAAAAAGGUAUUUUGUCGUUGUCUUGGUGUCAAAAAGAUGCCGACUUAUUGCUGUCAUGCGGUAAAGACAAUAGAACUUUAUGCUGGAACCCGAGAACAACCGAAAUAAUAGGGGAGCUCCCGUCAAGUUCAAAUUGGGCUUUUGAAGUUCAAUGGUGUACCGGAAAUCCGUACUUGUUGGCAUCCGCUUCUUUAGAUGGAAAGAUUAGCGUCCAUUCUUUGCAAUCUAACCAAGAUAAAUCAGUACAAGCCAACGUACAUGACAAUGACGAUCCCUUUGCACCAAUUGCUUCCGCACAUCAACCAUCUCUCACACUCAAACAACCUCCAAAAUGGCUAAGGAGAUCUGUAGGUGUGAUGUUUGGUUUUGGUGGAAAGUUAGUUUCAUUUUGCGAUAAGGCUUCUACAGGAGCUGCACCUAGCAAGCAUGUUGUCACAAUAUCCACUGUUGUGACGGAACCAGAGGUCGUGCAGCGAUCCAUUGAACUUGAGUCAUCAGUUGAAGAAAAGUCUCUCGGCAUCUUCUGUGAACGUCGUGUCAAAGCAGCAGCAAACGAAUUUGAGUCAGAAAAUUGGAAGGUUCUUCACACAAUGUUCAAUGAAAAUGCAAGGGAACAGUUAGUUAAACAUCUUGGAUUUUCAAAAGAUGAUGUAGUCUCUCAAAUAUCGACUGCUAUAAAAGCUAUGAAUUUAAAGGGAACCUCAAAUGAGGAAUCAAAACAGUCAGAAAUAAAUAAUAUUCAUGACAUUUUACGGCAAGAUAAUACCACAGAGCCAGUUGGUGUAGUAUCCUUACCUUCGAGCCCUAUUGACGUUAAGUCAGAUGCGGAACAAGGUCACGAUGAACAAUUUGUUGCCAAAUCAGAUAAUAUGGACGAAUUAUUUUCCGGACCGACUGAUCCUAGUGGACCCUCAGAUGCUUCUAAUUUCUUCAGUUCUGGGAACAUCCCUGAUGUAUUUCCUGUUCAAAGUAAAAAUAUCAAUAUUGGUUCAUUCAAAAUUUAUCCCGCACAAGAAUCAGAUGUUGAUAAACUAAUUACCCGAUCCAUAGUACUUGGUGAUUUUGAAUCUGCAGUAGACUUAUGUUUAAAAGCUGACAGAUUGUCAGAUGCAAUACUUUUGGCGGGUUGUGGUGGCCAAGAACUUUUGCAGCGAACUAGGAAAAUAUACUUCGAAAGGCGAGCAUCGACCAUCCCAUAUCUACGUCUUCUUCAGAGUAUUGUUUCUGGCGAUUUAUCGGACAUUGUAUUCAAUGCAGAUUUAUCCGAGUGGCAAGAAAUUGUUGUAGUUCUUUGCACAUUCGCUCGUCCUGAAGAAUUUGGAGGAUUAUGUAACGCACUAGGUCAGAGACUAGAGCAAGAAUAUCGUAAGUUUGUUGGUCCUACAUCAACAGAAGAAAUGAAAUCAAGAGGAUUAGAAUAUAGGAAAAAUGCUGUGUUAUGUUUCCUUGCUGCUGGUAAUUUGGAAAACGUUGCAAGUAUUUGGAUUGCUGAACAAGAAAAUGAAGAAAAACAAUAUGAAACGGUACAAAAUAAUCAGGACGGGUCUAAAUGUACAGGCUUGAAGUAUUCUUACCACGCAAAAACUCUUCAGAGCCUGAUCGAGAAAGUUACCAUAUUUCGCAAGGCGAUCGACUAUGUUGACGCAUCCAUGGUUCAAAGUUUAGAUUCAUCUACUAGUGAAUCAAAUCAACAGUACAAAUUGUAUGCCCUAUAUGACAAGUACGCAGAUUACGCCGAAAUUCUUGUAUCACAAG